AUGGCGACGCGUGACUACAAGGAAGCCUCAGCAAUAGCUCGUAAGAGGAGGGCGGCCAACAUCGCUGCCUUCUACAAGACCCCGGGAUGGAAUGAAGCCGACUUGCCUAAGAAUCUGACCGAGUAUGCACUCAAAUCUGACUACUACACCGACGACGAGCGUCAGAUAAUCCAGUCAGAGGCCGACGUGAUCCUCAACAAGAUUCAAACCAAGGAAUGGGCCGCACUGGAAGUCGCCAAAGCCUUCUGCAAGGCAUCCGCGUUGGCCCAGGAGUUGACCAAUUGCUUGACUGAGGUGCUCUAUGCAGAAGCGAUCGAGAGAGCAAAGUAUCUCGAUGACUACCUUGAGCGCACAGGGAAGACCAUUGGCCCUCUCCACGGUCUGCCCAUCUCGCUCAAAGACUGUUUCGUGACAGCACCACAUCCUUCGAGCAACGGGAUGGCCAUUUUUGCCAACGAGCCUCUUGAAAAAGAUUCGUUACUGGUCACCAUGCUACGCGAUCUGGGUGCCGUCUUCUAUGUCAAGUCCAAUGUCCCCGUUGCUAUGAUGAUGGCUGAAACCAACAACAAUAUCUGGGGAGAAACCCGGAACCCACUACACAAAUACCUGACACCCGGAGGAUCUAGUGGUGGUGAAGGGGCUCUGUUAGCCUUCAAAGCCUCGCCCCUGGGGAUAGGCACAGACAUCGGCGGUAGCAUCCGUAUCCCUGCCGCGUGGUGUAAUCUGUACGGCUUGAAACCCAGCUUUGGUCGCUAUCCGCAUUAUGGGACCAAGCCGGGCAUAGCUGGUCAAGAAUAUAUCCUGUCAGUCAACGGGCCGAUGGCGAGAUCUUUGAAAACGCUCCAACUGUACUCUGAAGCCCUCGUGUCCGAGGCCGCGAGACCUUGGGACUAUGACCACAAAGUUAUUCCCAUUCCGUGGAGAAAGAAUGUGAUCCAACCACCGGGGCGGAAACUUCGUUUCGGUCUGAUUGGUGUGAACGACGGUCUUGUUCACGUCCACCCACCCGUGGAGCGCGCUCUGAAGAUGACUCAGGCUGCACUUGAGAAGCAAGGCCACGAAGUGAUUCCGUGGUCCACCGAAGAUCAUGAAGCAAUUGUCAAGAAUCUCCAAGCGGCCUUUUUCGACCUGGGUGGCGCUGCAAUCAUGGACCUGAUUCAGCCUUGGGGAGAACCGGUUUUCCCGAGUAUGGAAGGCUAUGCACUGGCGGCCGCUGCAGGAGAGGGCGAACUUGGACCAACAAAGAUGCGGAUGAUGAAUCUGCGGCGUAACGAGCUGCAGAAAGCAUACCUCGACCGCUGGAACGCGACCGCCACGGACGGAAAAGCACGACUGGACGGUCUUAUCUGUGCGGUGUCGCCAUGGGCAGCUCCUCGACUCGGUCAGACACAAAAGCAGAGUUUAUACGUUGGCUAUACGGGCUUCGUUAACUUCCUGGACUUCGGCGCCUGUACCUUUCCAGUCACCUUUGCGGACAAGGAACUCGACAAGGCCCGCGACAUGAGCACCUUCAAGCCACUGAGCGACAUCGACGGCCGAAUCCAGCAGGACUACGAUGCGGAAUUCUACCAUGGAGCACCCGUGGCGUUGCAGAUUGUGGGGCGGCGGCUCGAGGAAGAGAAGAUCCUCGAGAUGUGCGAGGUUAUCGACAACUGUUUGAAGACGGCCUAG